AAGACAUCAAAAGAUUUGAACCUUUGAUCCUGUUGUUCAAAAUAUCGACUAAAAACAUGUCUUACGCUUAUCUUUUUAAAUAUAUUAUCAUCGGGGAUACAGGCGUUGGGAAGUCGUGUCUUUUACUACAGUUCACGGACAAACGAUUCCAGCCUGUUCACGAUCUGACUAUAGGUGUUGAGUUUGGUGCGCGAAUGAUAACUAUUGAUAGCAAGCAAAUCAAGCUACAAAUAUGGGACACCGCAGGACAGGAGUCGUUUAGAUCAAUCACAAGAUCUUACUACCGUGGUGCCGCUGGUGCAUUAUUAGUUUACGACAUUACCAGAAGAGACACUUUCAACCAUCUCACAACAUGGCUGGAAGAUGCAAGACAACACUCUAGUUCAAAUAUGGUCAUUAUGCUCAUCGGAAAUAAGAGUGACCUUGAAGCAAGACGUGAAGUGAAGAGGGAAGAGGGUGAAUCAUUUGCCAGAGAGCACGGUCUUAUUUUCAUGGAAACUUCAGCGAAAACUGCAGCAAAUGUUGAAGAGGCAUUCAUUGACACAGCGAAGGAAAUCUACAAGAAAAUCCAGGAGGGAGUCUUUGAUAUAAAUAAUGAGGCUAAUGGUAUCAAGCUAGGCCCACAGCAUUCGCCAUCAAAUCCCUCAAUGCCCAUGGGAGGCGGACGAUCAAAUGAUGGAGGCGGGUGCUGCUAGCUUCCAAACCCCUUCCCUUUUGAACUGUGGAUGUAUUUCUACCCUAAUAAAACAACAAUAUACAUAAAUUCUACACACAUAAAUGGUUUAAAUCGUUUAACCAUGGAUUGCUGUAGAAUCAUUUAAAAUUGAGGCCGGCUAACUGACACACUUCAAUUUCUGGUUAGCAAAAGAAAAUUAAGAUACUCUUUAAUGGUUGCAGACUUAGAAAUAUUUAUUCAAUAUUUUCGCAAAUAUCAAAAAAGUACUAAUUGUUUAUCGAGAGCUUUGCGUAAAUGCAUCAUUUGCCGAAAUGUAAACUAUAAAUAUCAGGUGAAAUUGAAAGGCAGUAGGAUUUUAAGACGUUUGUUAAUGUAGUGUCAGAAAAUUAGGAAUACCAGUUGUUGUUCUAAUUUGCGAGAACAAGGAUUAGUGCAAACUGAUUAGCGAUUAUUCCAUUAGCUGGAGUUUUACAUGAGCUGUUAGUCAACGAGGCGAAGUCGAGAGCUUUUUUAAUAUGCCAGGAGCUUAUCUUUUAAUUUACUGGCAGUUUUGUGAAUGAAAACUUCUCACAACUUGUCGUAUAGGAACUGAUAUACUCGGGUAACUCCAGUUCACCAAUCAAUAAGCUCAUGUACGACUUUAGUUUUCCUAACUCGUGUUUUUGUAACGACAGUUGUGACCUGGUAUAUGAAUUGGGUGACGCUAGUGCUCUCAGAUAUUGAAAGAUAAUAACUAAAAAGUCGAUUGAAAGUAUGGUAUAUAUGUAGCGACGUUACCGUCAAUCAAAUCUCGGAGUAUUUUAAGAUUUAGACUCUUUAUAAUGCGAUGUUCUUUUGCUUUCAAAUUAUAAUAAUUUUGAAACUAA